GAGAGGCUUCUGUAGCGCUCCUCUUUGGUUAAAACCCCUCCCUCUGCAUUCUGGUGCAUAUCCAGUGUAGUGGAGAUGGUAAAACUACUGAGAUGUUUAAGAUACUACCACAUGCUUUCAGCUGAUCAGUAAAGUCCUGAUUUUGUGGAGCUCUCCCAUUGUCACAGAGCUCAGUUUCUGCACAGCCCUACAUGCACAGGCAGUCUGUGUGUCUCAGAGUCUGUCUGUCCUUCUGUCCCUACAGCGUUGACCAUGGAGGAGAGAACAGGCUCAAACCAGGACUGAGGAAAUAUGCCUGUCAGCUCACACUGGACCCCAACACGGCGCAUAAGGAGCUCAUUCUCUCUGAGGGGAACAGGAAAGUGACUCGAUCAGAGGGGAAAGAGGAACCUUAUCCUGAUCACCCAGAGCGAUUUGACUUCUGUCCCCAAGUGCUGUGCAGAGAAGGUCUUACUGGGCGCUGCUACUGGGAGGUGGAAUGGACCAGGGGAGACCAUUACUUUGAACGGACUGCAAUUGGAGUCGCAUAUCAAGGAAUCUGCAGGAAAGGUUCAGUGUUCAGUGUGGAUUCCCUUGGACGCAGUAACAAGUCCUGGAUUCUGGAAUUGGAUACAAUCGUUUGUUACCCCUGGCACAAUGGGAAGUGGCGUCCCGUAUGCGUGCCCUCCAGUAGGUCCUGCAGAGUUGGGGUGUACCUGGACUGGCCAGCCGGCAUUCUGUCCUUCUACGGGAUCUCUGACACACUGACCCACCUGCACACUUUCCACACCACCUUCACUGAACCUGUCUAUCCUGCAUUUAGAGUUACUCCAGAUUCCUCAGUGUCCCUGUGCAUGCUGGGAUAGGCACCUGAGUCUGAUAUUAUUCUGUUUGGUUGAUUGUUGUUCAUUAUUUUCAUAUUUUCUGUGUAUCUGAUUUUCUUUAUUUCAGGAGGACCAAAUGGUUUUAAGUGAUACAUCAUGCCUGCUUACAAGCUCACAUUAUUAUCAAUAAGGCUCUUGCACUUGCUCCUGUUCUGGCAUUGUAGGCUCUCAAAUUUCAUAACUUGACUGGUUCUGGGCUGUAGGGAACUAGCACCCUCUUGAUUCCACCAGACCAGUUUUGCCUGGUCCUGCCCUAGGGUCCCAUUAAUUAUGCAUGGGACAGGAAAAGGGGUCUGUCCCCCUCUUUCCAACAUAUAGAAGUGAGGCCUAUUGAGAAUUAUGGGUCCUUUCUGUUCUUGGUGGUAUGGGUUCUGCUGGUUUUUGUUCUUUAGUCUUUGUCACAUUUUUGUAAUAACUGUGGGAGAAAAAAGAAGAUUUGUCUCCUUUCAUUCAAUUCUUAAUGUUCAUGUCUGUACUCUGUAGCAUUCAACAUUAGUUAAAGUAACGCAUUAACUUGUUAUUGAGCCUUACAAUUAAUUUGCAAAUGAAAUUACUUCCAAUAUAUUAUUCUGCACUUUGGAUAAGUGAGGAGUUUUCAGGAGUUCCACUUGUGUUUGGUAUUCAAUGUGCCAAAUAUUGAAUGAGGGUGUUAACUGCUAAGACCACUUGAUUCAGGGACCAGUUUAAAAGAAGUUCACACAGCAUCGAGGACAAAUAACCGGUUGUAAUAGUGUAUAGUAUUCCAUUCUGUUCAUGUAAAGUCACAAAAGAAAGCAGCAUACUGGUUCAAAACCAUUUUUACAACUAAACCAAAAUAUGGCAGAUAUUAAUGAGUGCUCAGAUUGUUUACUACUAAAACUAAAAGUGCUUAUUUGUACCUCAGAACAAAAAUAUGGCAGGUUCCAGAACAUUCUCAGAUUGUAUGUGAAUGAACAUAUACAGAUAUGUGAUAUUUGUACGUAAUGAUUUAAGGACAUUCCAACCUGUUGUGUGAUUGUGGGAGGAGCUAGGAUUUUUCAGCAGGAAACGGGAGCGUGUCAUUUGCGGAAGUAUUUUUUUCCAGAAUGAGUGACGUAUAAAUGAUCAACCUGUGGUUUUGUACAAAAGAUUUAAAUGCAGUUUCCUUUUUGAUGCUGUUACUAAUUGCUCAUUAUAAAGUGUGUAGGUGUUUGCCCAUUUUCCAUGGUUUGCUGUUGGAGUACAGUACAGAAAUAGAAUAUUUAUAUUGAAAGCUUGAAUUGCCAUGAAUUAUAAUGAUAGUCUUGUUUGUAUUUGAUUGUUACCUAAUGUAAACUGUUACUGUAACAAAUAAAUAUCUUUAUUUUAA